AUGGCAGAUGUCAGCCCUAGGACUGAUACUUCAACUGAUGCUGACACCGAAGAUAAGAAUUUAAGGAACGCUCUCUCACAGGGUAUGGUAGCUUCUGAUGGCAGCGAUAAGUCCAGGGAUCAAAAGACGCUCCGCAGACUCGCUCAAAACCGUGAAGCUGCGAGAAAAAGCCGUUUGAGAAAAAAAGCUUACGUCCAACAGUUAGAAAGCAGCAGAAUGAAGUUGACACAACUGGAGCAGGAACUCCAACGAGCUAGACAACAGGGCAUAUUUAUUUCAAGUUCAGGAGAACAAGCUCAGUCUAUGGGAGGAAAUGGCGCUUUGGCCUUUGAUGUUGAAUAUGCACGGUGGCUGGAGGAACAUAACCGCAGGGUUAAUGAGCUAAGAGGUGCAGUCAAUUCACAUGCGGGUGAUGGUGAACUUCGCAUUAUUGUGGACGGCAUCUUGGCACACUAUGAUGACAUUUUCAGGAUAAAAGGUGAUGCUGCAAAGGCUGACGUCUUCCAUAUUUUAUCAGGCAUGUGGAAAACACCUGCAGAAAGGUGCUUCCUCUGGCUUGGUGGUUUUCGUUCAUCUGAACUUCUUAAGCUUCUUAUAAAUCAGUUAGAGCCAUUGACUGAGCAGCAGUUAAUGUCAAUAAACAACUUGCAACAGUCAUCUCAACAGGCUGAAGACGCCUUGUCACAGGGAAUGGAAGCAUUGCAGCAGUCUUUGGCUGAAACACUGGCUGCUUCUCUUGGUCCGUCUACCUCAUCAGCAAAUGUUGGCAACUACAUGGGUCAAAUGGCAAUGGCUAUGGGGAAGUUGGGAACUCUUGAAGGCUUCAUUCGUCAGGCUGACAAUUUGCGGCAACAGACUUUGCAACGAAUGCAUAGUAUAUUGACAACCCGGCAAUCAGCUCGCGCUCUACUUGCUAUCAAUGACUACUUCUCUCGGCUUCGAGCACUUAGCUCUCUUUGGCUUGCCCGUCCCCGUGAGUAA